AUGCCGCAGAAAGGAACCCGAGAAGCCAGCCACGCCGGCAGCUGGUACAAGGGCAACCCCACCGUGCUGUCGCAGGAGCUCGACGAAUUCCUGGCCGACGUACCCAACUCCAUCAACGACAGCAGCCUUCCUAUUCCUGGAGCCAAAGUCAUCAUCGCGCCUCAUGCAGGCUACUCUUAUUCUGGGCCCUGCGCCGCUUGGGCAUACAAGUGUCUCGACCUCACCAAGGCAAAGCGCAUCUUCAUCCUCGGCCCUUCCCAUACCUACUACCUCCACGGCUGCGCUCUUACCAAAUUCGCUAAGUACGCCACGCCAUUUGGUGAUUUGAAGGUGGACGAGGCUGUAACACAAGAGCUGCGAGCCACUGGCAAGUUCGCAGAUAUCAAACUCGAUGGUGAUGUGGAUGAGCACUCUCUGGAGAUGCACUUGCCGUAUAUCUACAAACGAAUCACGCAGACGUUUUCUUCCGAGUCCGAGUACCCUACCAUCGUGCCUAUCCUGGUUGGUGACAACAAUGGUCCGGAGGAGAAGCAAUUUGGCAACAUCCUAGCGCUGUACCUGAAGGAUCCGGACAAUGCCUUCGUCAUCAGUUCAGACUUCUGCCAUUGGGGAACGCGGUUCAGCUAUACGGCAUACGCGCCAGGCGGUAAGAUUCAGAACAUCCAGUCCCUCUCACGAAGGCAGGCUAAACCCACGGAUCCUGCAAUCCACGAGAGCAUCAAACUGCUGGAUGAGGCAGCGAUGGAUGCGAUCAAGACAGGGAAGCACGACGAGUUUGUGCUGAAUCUGGCGCAUACCAAGAAUACAGUAUGCGGUCGACAUCCCAUCGGUGUCAUGAUGGCGGCUUUGGAGGUGGUUGCCAAGGACGAUGCAGAUGCUGGAAAGUACCGAUUCAAGUUCGUGCAGUAUCAGCGAAGCAGCUUGGUGGAGGAUAUCAGCGACUCGAGUGUUAGCUAUGGGUCUGCAUAUGCUAUCAUUUGA